UUUUGGCGACGUUUCCCCUUAUUCACUACAGCAACAUGACAACAUCCGGUUUGCAGGUGCUCUGAAUAAAUUCUGAAAAUGUUCUGAAUUACAGUUUAUAAAAGGGUUACAAGAUGUCGACAGUGGUGCUUAGGAAGACAAAAGAUCCUUUAGAAUUAUUAGAGAGAGCUCUAAACAAAACUACACUCACUACUCAGAGGGCUCGACAUGGUCAUAUCAUUGAUAUUGGCAAUGAUGUUGAGAAACAUGUGACAGACACACAACAGUCUCGUUUACAAUGUGCUGUCAACUUAGCUGUACAAGAAGCAGAAGAAAGGGCUGCAAGGGAAAUGCAUGCAGCUUUACGCAGAAUGAGACAUAACAUGAAUGAUGAAAAGAGGCGAGCAUUGGAUAAGCAAAAGCAUUAUUAUGAGACAAUGGCUGAUAGACUGGCAAAACAAAGGGAUGCUUUAGAAGAAGAAAAACUUAAAGAAAGAACCAAACUACUCCAGCAUGACAAAGAAAUGUCAAUGAGGAAACAAUGGGAGGAAUGUCAGAGAAUCAAACAGUUAGCAGUUACAGAAGCAUGUGAAAAUUUGUCUCGCAAAAUGCGUAAUGAAUUUGCAUUUGAAAAAGAGACAGCAAUAGCAGAAGCAUUAGGCCAAGCCAGGGAUAAUUUCCAAGAUCGUCAAAGGGAGGCAAUAGAACGCACCAAACGAGAAUGUGAUAGAAUAGCUGCAGAUGAACGUGCCAAAUUAGAAAAACAACACAGAACUGAAAUUGACAUGCUCAAUCAGAAAUACAAAAGUCUGCAGCAGAAAUAUUUCAAAGAUGUUCAGUAUAUCCAAAAGAUUGAAGGAGACUUUAAGAACCUGCAAGAAGACUACAAGAGAUUUCUUGAUUACACAGAUGGCCAGUUCCAUUCUGACUACCUCAUGGUGCUACGUGACCAUGGCCAGAGAAUAGACACUAAGAAGCAAGCCAUGGCAAUACACGAGAAUGUAAAAAGUCUCAAUUUAAGAAAAUAGCCUGAUACAUGUUAUUAUGCUAUAAUUUAAAUUAUGAGUAACCUUUAUCUGAUUUUGUCAAAAUACCUCAACAUUUCAUAUUUUUACAGAUAUUGCUAAUAUAUUUUCAACAUGGUGACAUUUUUAGUUCUCAACAUGGCGUGGCAACCAGUUGCACUUAUGCUGGGGAGAUCACUUAAAAUGUUUUCUCUCAGAUAUUUGAAUUUCACAAAAUGAUUGUCUGGUAACCUCAAGAUUUAAUGAUUUUUUGAAUAGAUUAUAAUAAUUGAAAAGGAAUAUGCAUUUCAAUUUUGAUAAUAUCUUACUCGGGCACACAUUUUAGACAAAAUGUUAAUGAUCAAUUUACAGAAUGCAAUACAGAAGAACACAAGUAUGUGAACACAAUAUUUAGGGAUGUUCAUUAAUUCAAAAUUGAUAAAGUGAACACUAAUGUACUAUAGCUAGCCACUGUAGCAUUCACCUUAUGGAAGUUAUUGUAAUUACCAAAACAUUGUUAUCUUGUCUGUACCAGUUCUAGUCAAUUUGUCAGCUGAAUGGAUGUCAAUCUUUCCCUUAGUAUGAGUAUACCUCCAGUU